UUGCAUCCUCAGCUCCCUUGUCCUCCUCACCCAUCACUCCUUUUGUCUCUCUUUCUCUCUCCACCACUCCCCUGAUCAGUUUUAUCGCUAUAAUAAUCACGGGCGCAACUCCCCAUUGCACUUCAGCCUUCUCCAUCUUUCUCUCUGUGUAGAGCUCUUCACUAUUCCUAGCAGAGUUAUACCACUAACACGCGUUGGGUAAUCGAUGUUCGAGAAAAUGCCAGGUUCAGAUUCAUUUUUGAGGCAGUUAAGUGGAAGGGAGGCUUGGAAAUCAACGUCCAGCAGGUGGGGUGGGGGUAGAAAGUUUACUGGUGGUGGUGGGAGUGGAAAUAGCGGGUGUGAGGGAAUUUUGAAGCAAAUGGAAGGGCUCAACAUGUGUGGAGUUGAGAAUGGUGGGAUGGUUAUGAGGAAAAGAGUGAUGGUGGUGGUGGAUCAGACCUCACAUUCGAAGAAUGCAAUGAUGUGGGCACUCAACUAUGUAGCCAACAAGGGUGAUUUGUUCACUCUUCUUCACAUCAUUCCUCUUUCCAGUAAUGGUUCUGAAAGGGCUUCCGAGUCUUCUUGUUCUCCUUACCUGGCCAACUCUCUUGGCUCUCUUUGCAAGGCUUGUAGACCUGAGGUGGAAGUAGAGGCGCUGGUUAUUCAAGGGCCAAAACUGGCAACAGUGAUGAGCCAAGUGAAGAAACUGGAAGUGUCUGUGCUGGUGCUGGGCCAGAAGAAGCCAUCUUCAAUUAUCAGCUGUUUUUGUGGGACCAGCAGUACAGAAGAGUUUGUGGAGCAGUGCAUUAACAAUGGGGAGUGCUUGACUGUUGGAGUGAGGAAGCAGAGCAGAGGCAUGGGCGGCUACCUAAUCAGCACCAGAUGGCAGAAGAAUUUCUGGCUCUUGGCUUAAUCUUCAGAGACCCCUUAAUUAGUUAUCAAUGUCAAAAAAGAAAUAUACACGGGAAGGCAGUAUCUUAUGUUAUUAGCUUCUAAGCUCAAGGCCAUGUAACCACUAACUAGAUCUCUCUUUGUAAUAAUUAACCCAACCCAAACCACACCAACCCCACCCCCCCCCCCCCCCCCCCCCCCCCCCCCCCCCCCCUCCCUUCUCCCUUUCUGUCGUUCUCAUGCCAGAUGACCAACUUAAUCAUGCCUUUCUCUGUUUUUCUUCAAGUUUCCAUAAUUGCUGGGCAAUGCAGUUAACUAAAAGGAUCAUUUCAACAGAGAAACAAAAAUAAUUAUAUUGACAAGUUCUCAAAUUUAAUUUUAAGCUUUCCUUGCAAA